AUGGAAGUGGCCAACCAAUCCAUUGUGGUAGAAUUUGUCUUGCUCGGCCUGUCAGAUCAGCCAAGGCUGGAGAAAACAUUCUUUGUGCUCAUCCUGCUGAUGUACCUGGUGAUCCUGCUGGGCAACGGGGUCCUCAUCCUGGUGACUGUGUCCGACUCCAACCUACACACGCCCAUGUACUUCUUCCUCGGGAACCUCUCCUUCCUGGACAUCUGCUACACAACCUCUUCCAUUCCUCUGGUCCUGGACGGUUUCCUCACGCCCAGGAAAACCAUCUCCUUCUCAGGCUGUGCAGUGCAGGUGUUCCUCUCCUUUGCCAUGGGAGCCACAGAGUGUGUGCUCUUGGGCAUGAUGGCGUUUGAUCGCUAUGUGGCCAUCUGCAACCCCCUUAGGUACCCAGUAGUCAUGAGCAAGGCUGCCUAUGUGCCCAUGGCUGCCAGCUCCUGGGUGGCUGGUGGAGCCAACUCCUUGGUGCAGAUCUCUCUUGCGGUACAGUUACCCUUCUGUGGGGAUAACAUCAUUAAUCAUUUCACCUGUGAGAUCCUGGCAGUUCUGAAGUUGGCCUGUGCUGACAUCUCCAUCAAUGUGAUCAGCCUGGGGGUGGCCAAUGUGAUCUUCCUGGGGGUCCCAGUGCUCUUCAUCUUUGUCUCCUACAUCUGCAUACUCACCACCAUCCUGAGGAUCCCCUCAGCUGAAGGACAGCGAAAGGCCUUCUCCACUUGCUCUGCACAUCUUACAGUGGUGGUGAUUUUCUAUGGGACUAUUCUUUUCAUGUAUGCAAAGCCCAAGUCUAAGGACCCCCUGGGGGCAGACAAACAGGAUGUUUCAGACAAGCUAAUUUCCCUCUUUUAUGGAGUGUUGAUCCCCAUGCUCAACCCCAUCAUCUAUAGCCUGAGGAACAAGGACGUGAAGGCUGCUGUGAGGAGCCUGGUAAGUCAGAAAUGCUUCACCCAGCGAUAG